AUGCGGUGGCGGCUGUCUGGCGCCUGUUCGACUCUUCCCGCCAGCGUCGCCCUUCUCCUGCUCCCCGUUCUUGUCGCUCCGCAGCAGCUGCAGGAACCUCUCCAUUCUCACCGCAACGCUUACAAUGACCAUGCCCCCGCCGUGUCCGUCCCUCUUCACUCGACCGGCCCGUCCCAUAAUGCGAUAAAUGUGAAAUCCAACGAUGCGAGCGCCCUGACAACCCUGGCUCUGGCCGGCCCCGGCCGCGCCGUUCGAGCCCCUCCUGCCCAGGCCAGCAGUCCCUCGUCGUCUGCCGGCCUGGCGCCGCAGCUGCAUGCGCGGUCCCUGCAGGAUUGGGAGGUUGAGGAUUUUGUCCUGCUGGCGACCGUCGAUGGUUCCAUUCACGCCCGUGACCGCCACACCGGUGCUUCCCGUUGGGCUCUCGAGGUCCCGAGUAGCCCCGUCGUCGAGAGUAUCUACCAUCGAGCCAACCGGUCGAGUUUCGACAGCACCCAGCCUGAGGAUGACUUUAUCUGGAUCGUCGAACCCAGCCAACAUGGCAGUAUCUACAUCUACAGCCCCGGCCCCGAUGCUGGUUUGCAAAAGUUGGGAUUGACGGUGAAGGACCUCGUCGAUGAGACCCCGUACUCCGGUAUCGAUCCGGCUGUCACAUACACCGCUCGAAAGGAGACGACUCUGUAUACCAUCGAUGCUCGUACCGGAAACAUUCUGCGUGUGUUUAGUUCCCGUGGGCCACUCCCGUCCGGAGCCGAGUGCCGCAAGGUUGAUGAUGGCUUUGACGGUGUCACAGACGCAUGUGAAUCAACCAGUGGCACCUUGGUCCUGGGCCGAGUUGAAUAUGCCGUGGCUAUUCAGAAUACCGAAACUGGUGACCCUAUUUGCACGCUCAAGUACUCCGAGUGGACCCCCAACAACCGCGACGUCGACCUCCAGACCCAGUACUUUAGUAGCAUGGACCAGAGUCACAUCUACAGCAUGCACGAUGGUAUCAUCCUGGGCUUUGACCACUCCCGCAUGGAACGUCCCCGCUACACGCAACGUUUCUCGUCGCCCGUCGUUCGCGUUUUCGACGUCGUACGCUCCGCCAAUGUCGAGUCCCCCGAUGCCCCCACGCCCUUCGUUCUCCUCUCGCAGCCAUUGCAGCCUCCCGACCCCGACUAUGGACCUCUCGACGAACGGGAUGAGCGGGUCUUCAUCGAUACUACCGAGGCAGGUGGCUGGUAUGCCAUGUCCGAAGAGACCUAUCCAUUGGUGACGGGACGGGCCAAGAUGGCUCAGUGCUAUGAGAAGGAUUACUUCAGACAUGGUCAAGCACUCAUGAGUCUGAAUCCUCACCAGCAGCGGGAUGCUCUGGCUGGUGUGCAUUCACUCAAUGGCCCACGCAUCGUCAGUCGGGAACGUCCGAGCAUUGGUGGGUCAUCGGGUACCCACGAUCUAUCCCAUCACGAUUUGCCCCACGAUUUGAUCAGGACCCCAUCCGAAUUGGCUUUGCCGCCCGCCCUGCGACACAGCACUAUCAUUCGCAAGGGAUGGGACAAUGCUCUGGACAUUUUUGUCACCCUGCUGUUACUCUUCUUUGGCACCUUCAUCUACUUCAAUUCGCACAACAUCCAAGAGUUGGCCAAGCAGAAGCUCGACUUGAAGAAUAUCAUUUCCUCGGACCAACCGCCCUUGUCAACUCCAUCAACUCCCAUUGUCAAUGGCAACACGGAUGUGAAGCGUGAACCCAGUCGGAUCCGACCGGUGCCCAAUGUUACAGUCGACCUGGAUGUAUCUGCGGAGCAACAAGCGCGGGACCAGACUCCAAGGCCACGGCGGGAUCGCAGUGCCUCAGUUCCAGACACUCCAUUAGCCGGCGACGCAUCCUUGGCUGCCGACGCGACGCCUCGCGUCCGAAUUCGGGAACCCUCUCGCGGUCCUGAUGACGAGGAUGAUGUGGAGGAUUUGAAUCUCCAGAGCCCUGAGAAACCCAAGAAGAAGGCACGACGAGGUCGUCGUGGUGGCAAAUCUCACAAGAGAAACAAGAAGCCCGGUAGUGAAGACGACAACAAGGAUCAGGAAGAUCAGGUCGUGAAAGAUGUCCAGAACAUUCAGCCAAUGUCGCGUCUGGGCCCCGACGUGCAGUUGUCUCGGACUCUGCCCAACGAAGUCGUUGAGAUGGAUGGUGUUGUCCAAAUUGGCCGGUUGAAGGUGCACACGGAUGUGGUUCUGGGCCACGGCAGUCAUGGAACAGUUGUUUAUCGAGGCUCGUUCGAUGGCCGUGACGUGGCUGUCAAGCGUAUGCUGGUCGAGUUCUACGACAUUGCCUCGCAUGAGGUUGGCUUGCUGCAGGAAAGUGAUGAUCACGGCAAUGUCAUUCGCUAUUUCUGUCGCGAACAAGCGGCCGGCUUUUUAUACAUUGCUUUGGAACUAUGUCCCGCCUCGCUGCAGGAUGUUGUCGAACGACCGGCCCACUAUCCCGCACUCGUUGGAAGCGGCCUUGACGUACCUGACAUGUUGCGGCAAAUCAUUGGCGGCGUUCGCUAUCUCCAUUCUCUUAAGAUUGUGCACCGUGACUUGAAGCCGCAAAAUAUUCUCGUGGCCAUGCCUCGCGGCCGCACGGGAUCGCGGUCUCUGCGAUUGCUCAUUUCGGACUUUGGCCUGUGCAAGAAGCUGGACGACAAUCAAAGCUCGUUCCGUGCCACCACCGCUCAUGCCGCAGGAACGUCUGGCUGGCGAGCACCUGAACUGCUGGUUGACGAUGACAAGAGUCCGAUCACACAAGGUGUUGAGUCUCAGCAUACGGAAUCCUCCGAGCCCGCAGUCGUGGAUCCUCAAACCAACCGACGUGCCACACGUGCUAUCGAUAUUUUCUCGCUGGGUUGUGUAUUCUACUAUGUGCUCACCCGGGGUGAUCAUCCGUUCGAUAAGAAUGGCAAGUUCAUGCGGGAAGCCAACAUUGUCAAGGGCAACUUUAAUCUCGAUGAGCUUCAGCAUCUGGGAGACUAUGCGUAUGAGGCGGAUGAUUUGAUUCGGUCUAUGUUGUCAUUGGACCCUCGCAAGCGCCCCGAUGCCAGUGCAGUGUUGAUGCACCCCUUCUUCUGGCCGCCAUCGGACCGCCUCGCCUUCCUAUGCGACGUGUCCGACCACUUUGAGUUUGAACCCCGGGAUCCGCCCUCGGAUGCUCUUUUAUGUCUGGAAUCGGUGGCCGAGCGGGUCAUGGGACCUGAAAUGGACUUUUUGCGCUUGCUCCCACGGGAUUUCAAGGAUAGUCUGGGCAAGCAACGCAAAUACACGGGAUCCAAGAUGCUGGAUCUGCUACGAGCGCUGCGCAACAAGCGCAACCACUACAACGAUAUGCCGGCGCAUCUCAAGGCGCACAUUGGCGGAUUGCCGGAAGGAUACCUGAACUUCUGGACCGUGCGAUUCCCGAGUCUGUUGAUGAGCUGCCACUCGGUGAUUGCGGAACUGGAGUUGACAAACAUUGACCGGUUCAAGCGGUACUUCAGCGUGAUGGAUUGA